AUGAAUUCUGGGACAGAGAGGGCGGCAUACUGUGGGCCCCCAACUCAUGUGAUUGACCUUAUCUGUACAAGCUUUUCCUGGGGCCUGUGGUGCGGGCAGUCCAAGCUGGGUAAAGGGCCCAGUCAAGGCCCCCAGGCACACCCAGGCAGUGACAGAAGGGGAGGGAAAGAGGCCAGCGGGAGGGAAGGGAUAAGGUGUGAGGUCGUGGAGGAGGAGGAGGCCACUCGCAUUUUCUGUGAACACCUGUUACUCCCGGAGCCAGGAAAGGCUAUGAGAAGUGAAAGAAUACCACAAACAAAGUCUUCUGAUGGGGCCUUUAAGCUCAGCCAGUGUGAGGUCACCCUCACCGAGACACUCAGUGGCAGCUCCAGUCACCGCACAGCACUCUGCUGUGAUAGGGACAGGGUGGGGGCAGCCAGAGCCUGCCCAGCCAACAGCGCCCCAGGAGUUGGUGCCUGUGCUUCCCACACCAACCGCACCCCUGCUCUGCCACCCCUGUGGCCGGUGCCAGGGACUGAGUGGACCUGCAGAGCCAUGUCUGUCCCUCUGUCUGUCGACUACGGCAGGUGCCAGCAAUUCAGGAGGCCUAGUGGGUGAGGGAGGCUGGGGAAAGGCCGGGAGGGUGGGAGGAAGUCGGCCACAGAGAAUACGGGGCCUGCAGGCGGCUGGGGUGCCCCAGAACAGAUGCAUUUGCCUCAGGCCUUUGCCCUGUUACUCUAG